CGGUGGCGGCGGCGCGGCGCGGCGGGGCCGCUGGGCCUCCCGCAAGAUGUCCUCGCAGGGCAGGUUCAAGAAGGACAAGGAGAUCAUCGCCGAGUACGAGGCGCAAGUCAAGGAAAUCCGCACUCAGCUGGUGGAGCAGUUCAAAUGCCUGGAGCAGCAGUCGGAGUCGCGCCUGCAGCUGCUGCAGGACCUGCAGGAGUUCUUCCGCAGGAAGGCUGAGAUAGAGCUGGAGUACUCCAGGAGCCUGGAGAAGCUGGCUGAGCGGUUCUCCUCCAAGAUACGCAGCUCCAGAGAGCACCAGUUCAAGAAAGAUCAGCACCUGCUUUCCCCUGUGAACUGCUGGUACCUGGUUCUGACACAGACCCGUCGAGAGAGCAGAGAUCAUGCCACCCUGAAUGACAUCUUCAUGAACAAUGUCAUCGUCCGGCUGUCGCAGAUCAGUGAGGAUGUCAUCAGGCUCUUUAAAAAGAGCAAGGAAAUUGGCUUACAGAUGCAUGAAGAACUCUUGAAAGUCACCAACGAGCUUUACACGGUGAUGAAGACCUACCACAUGUAUCAUGCAGAAAGCAUCAGUGCUGAGAGCAAGCUGAAGGAGGCAGAGAAGCAGGAGGAAAAGCAGUUCAACAAGUCAGGGGACAUCAGUGUGAAUCUGCUGCGGCACGAGGACAGGCCUCAGCGGCGGAGCUCCGUCAAGAAGAUUGAGAAGAUGAAGGAGAAGAGACAAGCCAAAUAUUCUGAAAACAAGCUGAAGUGUACAAAAGCCAGGAAUGACUACCUGCUGAACCUGGCAGCCACCAACGCAGCUGUCAGUAAAUACUACAUCCACGAUGUCUCCGACCUCAUUGAUUGCUGUGACCUGGGGUUCCAUGCCAGCCUCGCUCGGACGUUCAGGACUUACCUGUCUGCAGAGUAUAACCUGGAAACCUCCCGCCACGAGGGCCUGGACAUCAUCGAGAAUGCCGUGGACAACCUGGAUGCACGGAGUGACAAGCACACCAUCAUGGACAUGUGCAACCAGGUCUUCUGUCCUCCGCUCAAGUUCGAGUUCCAGCCCCACAUGGGCGACGAGGUGUGUCAGGUCAGCGCCCAGCAGCCUGUGCAGACCGAGUUGCUGAUGCGCUACCACCAGCUGCAGUCACGACUGGCCACCCUCAAGAUAGAGAACGAAGAGGUACGAAAAACUCUGGAUGCCACAAUGCAGACUUUGCAGGACAUGCUGACAGUGGAAGAUUUUGAUGUUUCAGAUGCCUUCCAGCAUAGCCGCUCCACUGAGUCGGUCAAAUCAGCUGCUUCAGAAACCUACAUGAGUAAAAUAAACAUCGCCAAGAGGAGAGCCAACCAACAGGAAACUGAGAUGUUCUAUUUUACAAAAUUUAAAGAGUAUUUGAAUGGCAGUAAUCUUAUCACAAAGCUCCAGGCUAAACACGACUUGCUGAAGCAGACUCUUGGGGAAGGUGAAAGAGCAGAAUGCGGAACAACCAGGCCCCCAUGUCUUCCCCCUAAGCCACAGAAAAUGAGGAGACCUAGGCCUCUCUCAGUCUAUAAUCAUAAACUCUUUAACGGCAAUAUGGAAACGUUCAUUAAGGAUUCAGGACAAGCUAUUCCACUUGUAGUAGAAAGCUGCAUUCGUUACAUCAACUUGUAUGGCCUUCAACAACAGGGUAUUUUUAGAGUUCCUGGCUCCCAGGUCGAAGUCAACGACAUCAAGAAUUCCUUUGAAAGAGGUGAAGAUCCCCUUGCUGAUGAUCAAAAUGAACGUGACAUUAACUCAGUGGCUGGAGUCUUGAAGCUGUAUUUCCGAGGACUGGAAAACCCCCUCUUUCCUAAGGAAAGGUUUCAAGAUUUGAUAUCUACUAUAAAAAUUGAGAAUCCCACCGAGAGAGUGCAUCAGAUUCAGCAAAUCAUCAUCACUCUGCCCCGGGCUGUCAUCGUUGUCAUGAGAUAUCUUUUUGCUUUCCUCAACCACUUGUCACAGUACAGCGAUGAGAACAUGAUGGAUCCCUACAACCUGGCCAUCUGCUUUGGGCCCACUCUGAUGCACAUUCCAGAUGGGCAGGAUCCGGUGUCCUGCCAAGCCCAUGUCAAUGAGGUCAUCAAAACCAUCAUCAUCAACCACGAGGGCAUCUUCCCCAGCCACAGAGAGCUGGAGGGACCUGUCUACGAGAAGUGCAUGACUGGAGGGGAGGAGUACUGUGACAGCCCCCACAGCGAGCCAGGCACAAUUGACGAAGUUGACCAUGACAAUGGCACGGAGCCACACACCAGUGAUGACGAAGUGGAGCAGAUUGAAGCCAUAGCAAAGUUUGACUACAUUGGACGAUCUCCACGAGAGCUGUCCUUUAAGAAGGGGGCCUCACUCCUCCUGUACCAUCGGGCCUCAGAAGACUGGUGGGAAGGGAGACACAACGGUGUGGAUGGUCUCAUACCCCACCAGUACAUUGUGGUGCAAGACAUGGAUGAUGCUUUCUCCGACAGCCUGAGUCAGAAGGCAGACAGUGAGGCGAGCAGCGGGCCUCUGCUGGAUGACAAAGCCUCCUCAAAGAACGACAUCCAGUCGCCGACAGAUCAUAUUGUGGACUACGGCUUCGGCGGAGUAAUGGGCCGAGUGAGAUUGAGGUCUGACGGCGCAGCUAUCCCUCGCCGUCGAAGCGGGGGGGACACCCACAGCCCGCCCCGAGGGAUGGGUCCUGGCAUAGACACUCCUCCUCGAGCAGCUGCCUGCCCUAGCAGCCCCCACAAAAUACCUCUAAACAGAGGCAGGAUUGAGAGCCCCGAAAAGCGCAGAAUGGCGACAUUCGGCAGUGCAGGGAGCAUCAAUUUCCCAGACAGGAAGGCCUUGUCUGAUGGCCACCCGCUGAGAUCGACCUGUGGAUCGACUAGACACAGUAGUCUCGGAGAUCAGAAAUCUCUAGAAGCAGAAGCGCUUGCUGAGGACAUCGAGAAGACCAUGAGCACAGCGCUGAACGAGCUGCGGGAGCUGGAGCGGCAGAACACGGCCAAGCAGGCUCCCGACGUGGUGCUGGACACGCUGGAGCCCAUGAAGAACCCCCCGCUGGGCGCCGCCAACUCGGAGCCCGCCAGCCCCCUCCACACCAUCCUGAUCCGCGACCCCGAUGCCGCCAUGCGGCGCAGCAGCAGCUCCACCACGGAGAUGAUGACCACGUUCAAGCCGGCCCUGUUGGCCCGGCUGGCCGGCGCGCAGCUGCGGCCCCCGCCCAUGCGGCCGGUGCGGCCGGUGGUGCAGCACCGCUCCAGCAGCAGCAGCAGCUCGGGGGUGGGCAGCCCCGCCGUCACCCCCACCGAGAAGCUCUUUCCCAGCAGCUCGGCGGAUAAAUCGGGCACCAUGUAGGCUGGGCGCGGGGAGCGCCGCGGGGCGGGGGGAGCGGGGACGGCGCCUCCGCCCGGCCUCGCUCGGCCGAAGGGCGGGUCAGCAUCGUGCUCCCGAGCAGACUCCCCGGGGGGGAGCGAGUGCAUCGCCUCGGCCUGACUGGUGGUACAUACCUAGGUACGUGUGCGUGUGCGCACGUGUGUACGCGCGCACCCCCAUCCGUGUGGAAACUCUUCCCAAGCUUGCAGCCCUGCGGCAGAAGGAGACGGCAGGUC